AUGGCAGCAUCAAAAGUGGCCGCGGCCAGUGCAUCUACGUCAAGCAUCACCAAUGCGACCAGUCCAUCCUUGAAAAGCACAUCAACAAAGGUCAAGUCACGCGCAUCCACAUGCACUACCCCAUCCAAUGGCAUCGACGCCAGCGCUGCAUCUUUAGCAUCUAGCUCGACAGCCGCAUCCUCCUCGCACCUCACAGGCAAAUACAUUGACUCUUUGACCAAGCACAACACUGCGUUCACGUCGCUGCUCGAUCUCAUCCCACCGCAGUUCUAUCUCACGCGCGACGAUACCGACGACCCGGCUGAAGACAGCGUCUCGUCCAAGUACAUGAAGAACAAGCGAAAAAAAGCCAAAUCAGAGAUCGAAGCGAAACAGCGCAAAGACAAGCUGCGUGAGGCAAAGAAGCAAAGGCUCGAUCCAGACAAGUUUGCUACGGUCACCGAUAUCCAAGCUGAACGUGCUGCUGCCAAAGCUGCUCGUCAAGCCGCACAAGCUGACUCGGAUCUUGACUUUGACGUUCAAGGAAUCGUCUCUGAAGAGGAGGACGAUGACGACGACCCUGCUUCGCAAAGAGCUUGUCCGAACGGUGCUGCAGGUGAUACCGACGAUGAUAUGCAAGAUUCUGAUCUUGACGACUUUCCUAGCAAGCCUGCUGCUGCGAAUACGGCUACUGUUGCUACUGCUUCCUCAAAGCCUGUUCAGACCGAGGGCGAGCGCAAGGCAUCCAUCGAGGCGUUGCGCGCCAAGUUGCAUGCCAAGAUUGCUGGCCUGCAACGCAAACGAGGUCUGCCCACCGACGCCAGCGACCAAGCCUCAGAAGAUGGCACGAGUGUUAUCAGCUCCAAGGAUGAGCUUCUGGAAGAGCGGCGCAGACAGAGAUUCGAUGCACGCGAGCGCAAGAAGCAAGAGAAGAAGGAUGCAAAAGCUGCAGCCAAAGCGGCGAUCAAGGCCAAGCGAGCUGGUGUCGACAAUGCAGCCAACGGUCAAAAGUCGAGCAACAGUUUCAACGUCGGCACCAAAGCACCGGCGCUGCUGGUAGCUGAGCCCGGCUACGCUGACAACAAGCGCAACGCGGUUUCGGGCUCCGGUGCUUCCAACAUUGACGUCAACGGCCAUUCGCUCAACUUUUCGUCACUCAACUUCCAACCGGUCGGAGCUGCUGGCGCAUCGCUGCGCGAGACGUUGGCGGGCAGUAAGAAGAGCAAGCUUGCGCUACCCUCGGACCCGAAAGCGGCGCUACAGGUGCUGGAAAGCCGUAAGAAACACGAGGAAGCGCGCCGAUCCAAGCUAGCUGCCAAGCUGGGCGAUGCGCCGGAAGCGCUCUCGGCCAAGGUCACAGAGCUGGACGAGAAAAAGCAGUGGGACAAGGUGCUGGCCUCUGCGAGCGGUGUCAAGGUGCGCGACGACGAAAAGCUGCUCAAGAAGGCGGCCAAGCGCAAGGAUAAGCAAAAGGAGAAAUCGAGCAAGACGUGGAAUGAGCGACAGCAGGCCGAGACGCAGAAGCAAGCGGAUCGCCAGAAGAAGCGUCAGGACAACAUCGCCGCGCGUAAAGCUGCCAAGGGGGGUAAGCACAAGAAGGGCGCUUCGUCGACCUUGUCCAAGUCCAAGACGCCUGCCGGUAAAAAACCGUCUUUCGCAAAGGCAAGACCUGGGUUCGAAGGCAAGAAGAUCGGAAGGUCAACCAAGUGA